AUGGAGCUUUGUCGCAAGAGAGCCAUAGAGAACAUGAAGCAAGUGCCGGAACCGCUGGUGGGAGCCGAGCCGCCGAAGGCAACUGCAUGCAAGCUUCCACCGGACCACAAGCAGCCGGUGGGGACACUCACGCUGGAGCAGCUUGCGAAGUAUUCUUGCAGCAACGACCGAAUGCUUCUAUCUUGCCAUGGAGACAUCUUCGAUGUGUCCGAUCGGCCUGACAUCUACGGAUACGGCCCAAAGUCCUGGCAAGCGGGCAAAGACAUCACCUGGUCUGUGGUCACUGGCAAGGAGCAGCCGAACCAGUGCAACCGCUUCUAUGACGUCUUUAAGUUGGACUCGGACCAUUGUGGUCGAUACCUGCAGAUGAUUUGUUCCCGGCUUCUGUCCUUGCAGGACGACUUCGGAGAACCCGUCGGGCGUUUGGAUCAGUUCGUGAAUGAGCGGCUGCUGCCGGCUGCCCCGACGAACGAAGUGGAGGACUGCAAGCAACAGUGA